UUAUUUCAUUGACUGAGUUUGGAAGCGCCGCAGAAACCACAGAAAUUAAGGAAAUGGCUUCAUCAACGAAGAUUGAUCUGUUGAAGGAAGAGCUUCCGGUGGAGCAGGAAACUCUUGUCCUGGACGGCGAUGUGAAGACAGGUUUGGUUAUUGUCGACGUCGUCAAUGGCUUUUGUACCGUCGGCGCUGGAAAUUUGGCUCCACCAGUUCCUGAUGAACAAAUUUCUGGAAUGGUUCAAGAGACAGUUCGAAUUUCCAGGAAUUUUGCUGAAAAGAAGUGGCCGAUUUAUGCUCUUCUUGAUACUCACCAUCCUGAUAUUCCUGAGCACCCUUAUCCUCCUCACUGUCUAGUUGGAACCGAAGAAGCAGAAUUAGUUCCAGGGCUGAAAUGGUUGGAAAAUGAACCGAGUGUUACUCUCAGACGCAAGAAUUGCAUCGAUGGGUAUAUUGGUUCUACCGAGAAGGAUGGUUCCAAUGUUUUCAUCGAUUGGGUGAAAACUAACCAGAUCAAAAGGAUAUUGGUGGUAGGGAUAUGCACUGACAUAUGCGUGCUAGACUUUGUUUGCGCUGCUCUUUCUGCUAAGAAUCGCGGAUUUCUCGAUCCUUUGGAGGAGGUUUUGGUGUACUCUUCUGGCUGUGCCACCUUUGAUUUACCAGCUGAUGUUGCCAAAAACAUUAAAGGGGCUAUUGCACAUCCACAGGAAUUGAUGCAUCACAUAGGGCUUUACAUAGCCAGGGGAAGGGGAGCGAAGGUUGUGUCAGAAGUGUCAUUUAGCACAUAACAUGUAAGAUUUUAUGGGCAAUUCUACAAACAUAUGGUGAAGAUGAUUAAAUAGAAUAUGUAGAAAUAUUUGAGCUGUUUAUGGGUUAUUCCGUCUUUGAUGCAAUUUUAUUCAUCAUAAUUACUAUU